UACUGCGCAACACGGAAGAACAGUUUAAGAUGGACUCCCGACAUUUAAUGAAGUUUUGAGACUAACGAGCCAAGAUCUGCCACCAUCCACACUUUGGCCUCGUGUCCAGGACUUGUCCUGUGAAUCAGCAACAAACAGAGGCUUUAGGAUCACUUUUUAGUGGAGAAAAACAGCCUCCAACAUGCAGGUGAGGAGGAUGCUGGUUCUGCUGCUGAUCAUCCUGAAGGAAGCUGGCCCGACCGCAGCCCACAGCUGCCGCUGUUCAUCAUCAAGCUGUUCCUGCGGCAGGAGAGGCCUCAGCAGUGUUCCUCAGGACCUGCCGACAACCAUCACUACCCUGUACCUUUGGGUCAAUGAAAUCACAACCUUAAGUCAGUCUGAUUUCUCAAGGUAUGGGAGCCUGCGAACAUUACACCUUUAUAGUAAUCAGAUCUCUACUAUCAAUCAUGGAACAUUUGUGGGACUUAGUAAUCUGAAAAGGUUGUAUCUUAGUGUUAAUCAGUUGGCAAAUCUCACAGCUGACAUGUUUGAUGGCCUUGGUAACCUGGAGGUGUUGCAGCUCGACAAUAAUCAGUUGACGAGUCUUCCAUCUGACAUAUUUGAGGGCCUUGGUAACUUGCGGGGUUUGCGUCUUGAUCAGAAUCAGUUGUCAAGCCUUCCGACUGGCAUAUUUGCGGGACUUGGUAACCUGGAGGAAUUGCGGCUUUCUCACUUGACCAGUCUUGCAGCUGACACAUUUGAGGGCCUUGGUAACUUGCUGACUUUGGUACUUAAUCAGAUUCAGUUGUCCAAACUACCAGCUGGCAUAUUUGAGGGUCUUGGCAAUCUGUGGCAGUUGGAUCUUAGUCAGAAUCCCUUGACAAAUCUCACAGCUGACACUGACAUAUUUGAGGGGCUUGGUAAUCUGACAACCUUGUAUCUUUCCUAUAAUCAGUUGACCAGUCUUCCAGUUGGAAUAUUUGAGGGGCUUGGUAAUCUGCAGACAUUGAUUCUCAGUCAGAAUCAGUUGACCAGUCUUCCAGCUGGUAUAUUUGAGGGGCUUGGUAAUCUGCAGAUAUUGUUUCUCAGUCAGAAUCAGUUGACCAAUCUUCCAAUUCGAAUAUUUGAGGGACUUGGUAAUCUGGUAGACUUGAAUCUCAGUCACAAUCGGUUGACCAGUCUUCCAGCUGCCAUAUUUGAUGGCCUUGAUCACCUGUUGCUGCUGCACCUUGAUCACAAUCAGCUGACCAGCCUGUCUGCUGACAUAUUCCCAGUACUGGCCUCUGUUUUAAUUUGGGUUCAAAUUCGUAACAACCCCUUGCAAUGUGACUGCAAAAUGCGUCCCUUUAAGCUAUUGAUGACAGGGGAACAUUAUUUUGAAUCCGGUAUCUACUGUGCCGGACCCGCUAACCUUGCAGGGAAAAACUUGCUUUUUGGGGACCUUAUCUCUGGCAGCACCAACUUCUACCACCCAACCUGCACCAACCUCUACCCCUCAACCUGCACCAACCUCUACCCCCCAACCUACACCAGCUUCUACCCCCAAACCUGUAGCAAGUUGCAGCACCUUUUGGAAGAAGUGCGUCACCAGAAAGUUUUGGAGAAGGGCUUCCUGUAG